AUGAGCGCUAUGAGCGCUAAAGAAUUCCUCGCUGACGUCGAAGGCGGCGUGGUGCCAGUGGACUGCCACGAGAAAGUGCUGCGGAUAGAAUUCAUCUAUAUGGACGAGGGGCUGUGGCUCGGCAGCGGCGUCUUUGAUGUUGUCGAGAAGCUGCACGCGCGUGGAUGGUCGUUCGGCGAGGGCGGGUUGAGGUUUAAUCGCACCCUGGAUAUAUUCUACCUCGCCCAGCUCGCAGCGGCUACAUACCGCUCCACCGACUAA